AUGAGACCCAACGGGGCUACCCAGCUGAGACCCAUGAAUGCAUGGUUCGAGCUGAUGCCUCUGGGAGCACCCACAGACGUGGUGGCUGGCCUGCUGUUCGGCGUGCUCAUCCUUUGCGGUCUCAUCUUGCCUUACAUCGACGCCGUCGACGAGUAUCUGGUGACCAACUCGUACUCGCCCAUCACGCUCAGCGUGUUCAUCGCGCUGUCCGUGCUCCUGUACCCGGCCGGCAACACGUGGACUCCUGCCAGAGGCGACACGGUCAUCAUCUGCGCCGUCGUACUGGGGAUCUACAGCGGCGCCUGGAUGAACUACAGCAAGAACCUGAUCAGCGCGGCCACCUCGUCGCCGCCCUACGAGAUCAUUUGGCCGACGUACGAGAUGUGGGGCGAGGUGCUGGCGCGCAGCUCGAUCGGGCUCAGCUCGGUGCUGGCCACGCGCGCCAUCUUCAAGAGCCUGUCGUACGCCACGGUGUGCGCCUUGCUGCGGCUCAACCAGCAGGACGUGACGCUGCGCCGCGCCAACGUCAGCCAGCGCCAGUUCGUCAUCGUCGAGCUGAGCUACAAGUUCAUGACGUACGCGGCGGUCGGGUUCGACAUCAUCUACACGGCGCCUCUGGUGUUCCGCCUGAUCGGCAUCGAGCGGCCCGAGUUCUACACCGAGGUGUAGAGCCGGCGGCGGCAGCUGCGGGAGCGCCUCCCGCCCCCGCCCCGCUCGGCCCGACCCGGCCCGACCUGGCUGGACGGCCGCGCACUCCACAGCAGCGGCCGCUGUCCUCACCGAUGGGCGGGCGGUUUCGAGCGAGCUCUGCCAGCGGGCGCCCGCCACGUCCUCACGCGGUCAUGGCAGUGAUUUGGUGACGGUGGCGUUCUUUUCAAGUGCAUUCUUUGGCCUGGGAUGGUGCCUUAUGUUUGGAAUGGUGAAGGCCUGUGACUUGCUGCUGGAUAAUGAAGUGAGGUCUCUCCCGGCGUGGAGGAGCUGAGGUCAACAGCGAAUGUG